AUGAUGAUUACACUCAGAUGUGCAAGGCGAGGUCCCACCACCGGUUUCCUCCUCCCCUUCUCCACCGCCGCCACCACUUCCAUCCAGCCCUACCGUUUUUAUUCGAACCCAUUUUUUCCUUCCUCCGUCAAUUCCACCACUUCACUUCAACGAGGAACGGGAUACCCGUCAGAGGUAAACGAUGUUGUUUCGUGCUUCAGAGAUUGGUUCAUGUCCCGAAACAACCCGUUGCUUGAUCGAAUCUUCGAAAUCCUUCGUGCCCAUGACGACUCUGCUGCCGAUUCUGCCCUUUCCCGCUUCAAUUUGCGGCUGUCCGAAGGCUUAGUCCUCGAGGUAUUAAGCUACGAGCAAAAAGAUACGCUUUCUUGCUUGAAAUUCUUCGAUUGGGCUGGACGCCAGCCUGGUUUCUACCAUACUAGAGCCACUUUUAAUGCAAUUUUUCGGAUUUUAUCCAAGGCCAAGCUAAUGUCCCUAAUGCUAGACUUCCUACAGAAUUAUAUGAAACGGAGGUAUAUGCAUAAAGUUAGAUUUUACAACACUUUGGUGAUUGGAUAUGCUGUUGCAGGCAAAUCUGAGGUUGCACUGGAACUUUUUGGUAGAAUGAGGUUCCAGGGCGUGGACUUGGACGCAUUUGCAUACCAUGUGCUGUUGAAUUCACUAGUCGAGGAGGGCUAUUUUGACGUGGUGGAAAUGGUGGCGAAGCAGAUUAGAGUCCGGGCAAUUCAGAAUGAGGUAACACAUUCGAUUAUGAUGAAGAGUUUCUGUAAGCAGAAUGAGUUGGAGACGGCUGAAAACUAUCUACGAGGUCUGGUGAGAGAUAAUGGGAUGGGAUUGAGUGGGGCUGCGGUUGGUAUUUUUGUGGAUGCUUUGUGCAAGAAUAAUCAGUUUGAGAAGGCUGCAUUAUUGAUUGAGGAGUUCCAUAAAAUGAAUUUGGUUUCGAUGGAGUAUGCAUACAGCGUGUGGAUUAGGGACCUUGUCAAGGGUGGGAAGUUGGAUGGGGCAUUGGAGUUUUUGAAGGAUAAACAGUCAGUCGAGGGUUAUGUUCCUGAUGUUUUUCGUUAUAACUCAUUGAUUUGUAGGCUUUUGAUGGAGAAUAGACUUAUUGAGGUGUGCGAUUUAUUGAUGGAGAUGAAGGGGAGGGGAAUAUUGCCUGAUGAUGUCACAAUGAAUGCAACAUUGUGCUUCUUAUGCAAAGCUGGAAUGAUGGAUGUUGCCAUGGAUUUAUAUGAUUCGAGGGCAGAGUUUGGCCUUUCUGUGAGUUGCAUGGCUUAUAAUUAUCUUAUAAAUACUCUAGUGGGGGAUGGUACUGUUGAUGAAGCAUAUCGUGUGUUGAGAAAUUCAAUAGAACAUGGUUAUUUCCCUGGAAAAAAGACCUUCUCCAUUAUUUCUGAUGCUCUUUGCAGAGAAGGAAAGCUCGAUAAGAUGAAAGAGUUGGUUCUUGUUGCAUUAGACCGGAAUAUCAUGCCCAAUGACUUGACUUAUGACAAGUUCAUAUCAGCUCUCUGUAGGGCCAAGAGAGUUGAAGAUGGUUACUUGGUUCAUGGCCAGCUUAACCGAUUGAAUAAAGUCGCUUCUAGGAGUACAUAUGUUCACCUGAUCAAUGGUUUUAACAAGUUGAGUAGAGGGGACAUUGCUGCUAGAUUACUCAUAGAAAUGCAAGAAAAAGGUUAUCACCCUAAAAGGAAAUUGUAUAGAGACGUGAUUUGCUGUUUAUGUCUAACGGAUGAUACAGAGAAGCAAGUUUUCAGAUUACUAGAGAUGCAGUUGGCUCGGCUUCAGCCUAGUUCACGUAUUUACAAUUUCUUCAUUGAUGGUGCUGGGCAUGCUAGAAAGCCUGAGCUGGCUAGGCAAGUAUACGAAAUGAUGACAAGAAGUGGUCUCUUACCGGACUUGAAUUCUGACAUACUAAUGUUGCAAAGCUACCUGAAAAGCGAAAAAAUUGCUGAUGCUCUAAAUUUCUUCCAUGAAGCAUACAAGAGGAGAGACCGUAGAAAACUGUGGCAGACCAUGAUUGUUGGUCUUUGCAAAGUUAACAAACCAGAGCAUGCAUUGCAGAUAUUUGAGAAUAUGAAAGCAAACAAGUUACCAAGUCUGGAAUCUUAUGAGGAACUAGUGAAGUUGUAUUGUGAUCAUAGACAAUACUAUAAGGUUGUAGAACUUAUCAAUGAUAUGACUCAAAUUGGGCGUCCUAUUUCUUCCUUUAUCGGCAAUGUACUUCUGUUGAAUUCUUUGAGAACUCGGAAACUAUAUGAUGCGUGGGCUUGUUUAAGUCAUGAGCAAAAUCUAACACCUGUCAGUUGGAAAUUGGGCCAGCUGGUUGGUGUUUUUUCUGGCUGUAUUGAAGUAAACCAAGAUAUGGAGGAUGUGGAAAAACAGAUUCAGCAAUCCUUCCCUCUAGACACCUACACUUACAAUUUGCUUCUGCGAAGAUUAAGCAUGAAGGAAAUGGACUAUGCUUGCCAGUACCUUGAUAGAUUGCAUCAAAAAGGGUAUGAGCCAAACAGAUGGACUUAUGAUAUAAUAGUGCAUGGUUUUGCCAAACGUGGUCAGAUUGUAGAGGCUAGAAAGUGGAUGGAAGAGAUGUUUAGUAAAGAUGUACAACUGCCAAAAGCUUGGGAGGAAGAGAACUUUGAGUCUUGCCAUGGCCAAUAG